CACCAAGUGCUGGCUCUUCUGCAGUGUCAGGAGCCGGCACUGCACGCUGCCUAGUCUCCGGGGGCAGCCAGCAUUUCAGAGGAAGCUGGAUACACCCCCCGGAGUGAAGAAGAGGAGACCUGCGAGGCCACGCCCAUCAAAUUAGGCCACGCCCCUUUCCGGCAGGCCGCGGCUCCGGCAGGCCCGUAUAGCAGAAGAGUUGUGAGACACGGAGGAGACUGAUCCAGAAUAUGGACUUUGGAGUUUAGCACUGCACUAUCUUGUUCCUGAGUUGUCUUCCUUGACUGCUGCUGGUUCAGCUUGUGAAGACCUGCCUGACAGAUCAUAAAGUGCACUGUCCCAGGUUGCGCUGAAGAUGUUGCAAUUUACUAUGGACUGGCAUGCCGUCCUGCAGAGAUGACCGCCUUACUUUGUACAUCACUGGCUGCCACAAGCAUACUCUGACUUGAGAGACAUUGUGUAUGAGAUGGAUCUAGACCCUCUUCCAGACGAAGCUCUCCUCUUGAUCCUCAGUUUUUUGCCAGCCUGGGACUUAAUUGUCCACUAUAGGCGCGUGAGCCAGCGCUGGAGGUAUCUGAUAGACUCGCCCUCCUUGUGGAGAAUGAAGUGUGAGCAUGAGCGGAGGACAGAAAUUCUGAGAGCUGCUGAUAUGUGUCACCAGUUCUCCUGGCAGAGAGCUUGUCUGAAGAGGCCACUGUCCCGGAACUUGUUACGCAACCCAUGUGGUACAGAACAGCUACAGCACUGGCAGGUCACACACAGAGCAGACGGUUGGGCAGUGGAAAACAACCAUGACGUUUUAGAAGGAGCAGAGAGCCAGACCUGCUUUGUCACCUCUUAUUUAUGGUGUGAGAAGACCCAGGUCAUAGACCUUUUGAGAGAAGGCCUUUGGGAACACUUCCUAGAUGUCCACCAGCCUAUCAUCCAGGUAUCAGAUUGGUAUGCUGGGCGGCGUGACUGCGGUUGUAUUUAUGAACUAAAGGUCCAGCUCCUUGCGGCCGACAGGAAAACUGUCAUCUGGGAAUAUAAGGAGAAACCUGAGCCCAUCCCUCAAUGGAGUGACACAAAAUACCAACAGGUUUCCCAUGAGUUCCGCGACUAUGGACCCGGCGUGCGCUACGUGAGCUUUACGCAUAAAGGAAAGGACACACAGUUCUGGCAAGGAUGGUACGGCGCUCGUAUCUCCAACUCCUCCGUCUCACUGACGUGCAGAAACACUAAGCCUUGUACCCUGCCUCCUCCUCCUGACACGGAAGAGGCGUGACGUUCCCUGGGAUAACAGCAGAUGCUAGGGAUGGUUCUCAGGUAGCCUUUCUGUAGGCCUCGCUCUUGUCAGAUAACUGACUGGAUGUUUGCCCAUUUUUAAAUAAAAAAAUAUUUGUUUUGCAAA